ACCUGAGACGCUAGCAGACGUGCUGCGUGUGAAUACCGAAUUUCCCCUUGAGACGAUCGUCCUGAGAUUCCCCGAUCCAGAGUGCUCAAGUGAUGCUACAAUAUUCGAUGCACAAGCCGCCAUUGCUAAGUCAUCUCAUGAGCCAGUGGCAGGAGAGACGAAGGAAUUGGAAUCAUGGUUGCAGGGUACAGCCCUUUGGGCACACCAAAAGAGUGGACAUCUGGGAGAAAAGGCAACUUACAGAUUGUCGUGAGGCUCAGUCUUGGAAUCCUUGGAAUUGUAUUAUUGAUCGUCCCCUCUAGUACAUGGACACCUGGAUUGAAGACAGAGAAACGAGAGUUGCAUAGUGUACGGUGGGGAUGGAACAAUGCCACCAUACCAAGAACCCAAGAUAAUUUCACUUGUCAGGCCAAUCAGCGCUGUACUAAUAUAGUAAAUAUAACAAUUCCAGGAACGAUGUGGGCUGGACCGCCUGAUCCACAAAGAAACAGAUAUCGACCUACAUUUGCCUUACAUCAGUCAGAAGGCAAUAUCACAAUUAAUGCUGCAGUAAAUAUAAGUUGCUGCUCCAAACCUUAUAGGUUCCGAUUUCUCCCUAAAGAAGAGAAGAAUAAAGAAUAUAAGAAUUGUUCUAAACAAGGAGCAACCACAUUUCGGUUAGCUGUAAAAGACGUUUUAAUUUUGGUAUGUCAUAAUGCUACUGAAAUAAAAAAUCGAACGUGGUGGGCACAAGAUUUAAUGUUUAUUGAUAUCAAUGCAUCACGAAUCGAUAUUGGACAUGUUAAAAUAUUACCAUCUACAUGUGAAAAUGUAGGUACACAAGCUCAAAAGACUGUGUUAGUCACACAAGUUGUUUUCCCUCCCAAUAAUAGACAAUGUAUAUCCCGGCAACGACGUGCCUGGUAUGAUACAUUGUUGGGAGGAUAUGGGACUCUAACAGGAGUAUUAAAUGGGAUAGAUAUUGAAACAUUAGCCAAUAGGAUGCAUAGCGCCGGUAGUAAAUUAAAUGACGGACUUGCAUUACAAGCAAAAUGGAUGCCUACUAUUUUUGAGCCAGCCAAAAUAUCGGCUGGAAUAGAUACUUUAAUGAACCAGCUAAUUAAUGCUAGUAAUGAUUUUGCUGUUGGAUUUGAUACCAACAUUACUAAAUUUAGAAAUUGGACCGUCUGUACACUACAGACUAUGUAUGAGCAACAACAAAAAGGCGUUAUGCAAACUAUGCUAAUGACCGGAAAUGAACAAGUAUGGAGAACAAUUUUUAAUACAAGUGUGUCCAGGGACGCUUGGAUACACUUGGAAGCUGCUAAAAUGAUUUGUAAUGACACCAUAUGCCAAGGUAUUUUAACUAUGUAUAAUGUAACCAAAGUUAUUCAAAUGUGUAAAUAUAUUGUAAUGCCUUUGUUGUUAGGACCAUCUGGUGGAGAAUGGUACUGGUUCCCCACUAUGAAAGGAGAAUAUAUAGAUGAGAAUAAUAGAACUCAUGAUUUGAGUAUUUGUACACCCACUUUACAAGGCAAGAUAUGUAGAGUACAAUCCGCAGUUUAUGAACCUUGCUUAUUAGAGAAUGGAGUAAAUUUAUGUAAAUGGAUAGUUCUACCUUUGUCAUAUACAAUGAUGAUGGAGGUAGCCCCACAAGAAGUAUGUUUGGUAACUGAUACACCAGCCAUACCUGGAAUGGUAGUUCCAUUUUCCGGAUGUAUUAGUAAUGUUAGUUCCUUAACCUGGGAAAAUGAGACAUUUAUAUUGUAUGCUGACCGUGAAGAACAUGUUACAAAAUAUUGGAGUUCACAAAAUUUAAGUAUUCCCCAAUGGGAUUUGAAGUUAGAUAAACUACAUACAAUUAUGAAACAAUCCAAAGUUAUUGAAGAUCAUAUCAAAUAUCUAAAUCAAUCUAUUGUAACUCAUCAAGUGACAACAACAAUAAUUGCUGAUCAAUUACAGAAAAUUGGUUCUGAUGUCCAGGAUGCAACUUCUCAUCAUUGGUGGGACUUGUUUACUGGAUAUUCUCCGUCUGCAUCCAAUAUGCUAAAUUUUCUGAUACAUCCUGUUCUCAUACUGUGUACAAUAAUAAUAAUUUUAUCUAUUUGGAACUGUGUGGUAUUUUACCGCAUAUGUUGUAAACGACAAAAGGUUGUAAUGGCAAGUUAUGCGUUAUAA